GGUAUUGGAAGCUAGGAAUGAAGAGGGAAACCUCCUGGUUGUUCGCAACAGAACAAAAGGGCAAUCAUGGUGGGGGUCACGAGGUGCAGCUGUGAUUUGGCAUCUACCACAAUAUCCCAUCUGUUCUCUCAUCCCUUUCGAAUCGAUUGGACGUAUCCAUCCACUCCAUCAUCCACCUUCGCACCCACCAACUGUUUGAUGAAAGUCCCUGUACAAAUUCCACUGUCGCCACUGCGAGCGAGAAUGGUGGAUUAAUUGCUCUCGGUUCUUUGUGCUCAAUAACCAUGCAGGACACAGGACUCGGGGACACAACGCCAUAUUUGUCUUCUCUCUUCCAAGCUCCUAACGGAUAGAAGAUAUCGCCCAUUUCCCACACCGCCCGUCCGUUUUCUCUGAUUGAUUUUCCCGGAAACCAGAAUUUUCUCGGGGCAUUCUCGUCAAUACGCAGGCCCAGGAAACGCCUUGAUAAUGUGUGAUGGCCCUGUCUGCAGAGCCCUACAAGCUGCCGGCGGAUUGCUGGUUCGACGACGCGUGCAUCCUGGACAUGGACUAUUUCGUCAAGAAUCUCUCGGUCAUCAAGGCGAAAGGCGUUCGUCCCGACCUAAUUGGCUCAAUCAUCACCCACUACGCCAGUAAAUGGCUCCCGGACCUGUCCACUGGUGAGGAGGCCGAGAAGGACUUCGCCGCUGCCGACUACGAAGAGUCGCCGGAGAGCGUGACGGCUUCCUGGAUGAAGAAGAGGUUCUUCGUGGAGACCCUGGUGGGAGUUCUACCGCCGGAGCGAGACUCCAUCGCCUGCAGCUUCCUCCUGCGGCUGCUGCGCGUUGCGAACAUGGUCGGCACCGAGCCGGCUUACCGGGCGGAGCUGGAGAAGAGGAUUUCAUGGCAGCUGGACCAGGCGUCGUUGGAUGACCUGAUCAUACCGUCGUUCAGCCACACUUGCGGGACGUUACUGGACGUGGAGCUGGUGCUGCGGCUGGUGAAGCGGUUUGUGAGUUUGGACGAAGCCGUGAGAGGCGGUGCGGCGCUCGUUAAGGUUGCGAAGCUGGUGGACUGCUACCUGGCGGAAGCCGCCACUGACUCCAAUUUGGGGUUGCCGGAAUUUAUUGCCCUCGCCGGAGCUCUUCCGGCGCAUGCGCGCUCUACCAAUGAUGGUUUAUACAGAGCCAUUGAUACCUAUCUCCAAGUGCAUCCGGGAUUGUCGAAGCAAGAAAGAAAGGGCCUUUGCAGGCUGAUGGACAGCCAAAAGCUCUCACCAGAGGCCUCUGUCCACGCCGCUCAAAACGAGCGGCUGCCCGUCCGGGCGGUGAUCCGGGUUCUCUUGUCCGAGCAAUCGAAGCUCAACCGACAAUUCGAUUGGAGCGGGUCAUUCAGCCGGACGAGGAGUCCCACCGUGGGGUUUGACCAGCCGGGGCGGUGCCUGUCGAAGCGCGAAGUGACGGCUCAGCAGAUGGAGAUCAAAAGGCUGAGAGAGGACGUGGUGCGGCUGGAAAGCCAGUGCAUAGCCAUGCAGAGGCAGAUGGAGAGGCUCAUUGACAAGAAGAGAUCAGGGAUCUCGUUCUUCAGCUGGAAGAAGCUGGGAAUGUCGGCGCAGAGAAGCGGUGCGGCGGAGAAGGGUACUGAUGGAGAAUCUGGCCAGCAAACACCCAUGGAUGCGAAGAAGACGAAGCCGGCGUCGCGAGGAAGGACGCCGCGCAACUGGAGGAAUUCACUGUCCUGAAGAAGUCUGAAUAAUUGGCCUCCAAUUCCGAUACUCAGUGGCCUACAAUUAUUCAUUUCUGCAUGCAUAACAACGGCCGCCCGCCGGCCGACUAUUCACUUUCUUUUCUGAUUUUUAGUUUGAAAUGUAGUGUUAAUUGGUAUAUGAACUUGGGAAUUGUUGUUCAGUAGCUGCAAUAAAUUGCUCUUUCCCUC